AGAGGAGUUGCUCGAGCAGCAGCGGGCACAGCCCAACCCACAGCGUGGAAGCAGUGGGACUGGUGGGCACAGCUCUGGCACAGCCAUGGGGCAGAAGUGCAUGGAGAAGUUGUCCUCCUUUCUCUUCGAGUAUGAUACCCCCAGGAUGGUGCUGGUGAGGAACAAGAAGGUGGGACUGACCUUCCGGCUGAUCCAGCUCAUUGUCCUGGCGUACAUCAUCGGGUGGGUUUUCCUCUAUGAGAAGGGCUACCAGUCUCAGGACAGCAUCGUCAGCUCAGUCUCGGUGAAGCUGAAAGGCCUGACGUUGACCAACGAGAGUGUCCUGGGCCCUCACAUCUGGGACGUGGUGGAUUAUGUUUUCCCACCCCAGGGGGACAGCUCGUUUGUGGUGAUGACCAACUUCAUUGUCACUCCUGGACAGAAACAAGGAACCUGCCCGGAGCUGCCAGACGCCGGGCUCUGCACACAGGACAGUGAUUGCAGCAAAGGGAAAUACAGCCGACAGGGACAAGGGCUCAUGACAGGCAAAUGUGUGCAUUUCAACACCUCUGUGAAGACCUGUGAGAUCUUUGGCUGGUGCCCCGUUGAAGUUGAUUACCAUGUUCCCAGUCCUGCCCUGUUGGCAGAAGCAGAGAAGUUCACCUUGUUCAUCAAGAACAGCAUCACCUUCCCCAGGUUCAAGGUGUCCAGGCGUAACUUGGUUGAGAGCGUUACCAAACAGUACCUGAAGAAAUGCUCCUAUCACAAAGUGACUGAUUCCUUAUGCCCCGUGUUUGACCUGGGAUACAUAGUGAAGGAAUCGGGUCAGAAUUUUACCUUCCUGGCUGUUAAGGGUGGAGUGGUGGGCAUCACCAUAGACUGGAACUGUGACCUUGACUGGCCCGUCCGGUACUGCAAACCCAUUUAUCAGUUCCAUGGUCUUUACAACGAUGACAGUAACGUUUCACCGGGCUUCAACUUCAGAUAUGCCAAGUACUACAAAGAAGAUGGGAUGGAAAAGAGGACGCUUUACAAGGUGUUUGGGAUCCGGUUUGACAUUUUGGUGAAUGGCAAGGCAGGCAAAUUUGACAUCAUCCCGACCAUGACCACAAUUGGCUCUGGAAUUGGUAUUUUUGGAGUGGCCUCUGUCCUCUGCGACCUGCUCCUGCUGCAUUUUCUCCAAGGACGGGACUAUUACAAGCAAAAGAAAUUCAAAUACGCGGAACAGGAGCCUUCGAAGUCACAUAAGAAGGAAAAGCAGCUGGACAACACGCAGUGA